UUUAUUUUGCAAAACUUAUUUUUUUAUUCCAAAUAGGAAGAAACUAUCAGGCACGUGGAAACAUGUCUGGGAAACCCAAGCUGCACUACUUCAAUGGACGAGGCCGAAUGGAACCAAUCCGGUGGCUGCUGGCAGCAGCCGGGGUUGAGUUUGAAGAAUGUUUUCUGGAAAAAAAGGAUGAUCUGACAAAGCUACAGAAGGAUGGAUCCCUGCUCUUUCAGCAAGUGCCAAUGGUGGAGAUUGAUGGCAUGAAGAUGGUGCAGACCAAAGCCAUUGCCAAUUACAUAGCAAUGAAGUACAACCUCUACGGGAAGGACCUGAAGGAGAGAGCCCUGUACUGUAACAGUACCACAUUUUCUUGUUAGACCGCAGUUCACGCUACAUCUCUGUGUAACACAAGAAUAUCCCAGCUCACAGCUAAAUUCAGGGUGAUAGAGCAGUGCUUCAUGCAGCACGUGUUGACUGUGACUGCAGGUGAUGUCUAGGGCAGUGAUAUCCAGCUAGAUUAGAUGGGCAGCAUGGUGCAAGGCUGCUCAUGAAUCGUCAAUCCAAGGUCAAUACAGUUAUCAGAAGAAAGCAGUCAGGAGUACAGACUGUCUUACUCUUGUUCCUCUUCAAUUUUGUCAGCAGAAUGUCACAGCAGGCAUUUUCACCACAUCAGACUCAGGGACAUGUGUUUGAUGGGAACAAAAAAACCUCCUCCUUCAGGAGGUAACUCCUUAGGAUUAGUAACUGGUUAUUUAACGACAGGACUCUUAGGGCACAUGGUUUGACCUGAGGUAUUUUUAAAUGCUUCCAAUUAAUAAGUACUGGUAAACAAAUGUCAAGCUAUUUGUUAGGAAUUGUAUAGACCCACUGUUUAACUUACCAUGUGUGACUGGAUUUUUAACACAAGUUUGGAUGACACACCUGCCAAUUUGUGCUCAGGUUCA